AAAAAAAUGAACUGGGCUUUUCUUCAGGGUCUUGUUAGUGGCGUUAAUAAGUACUCGACAGCUUUCGGUCGCAUCUGGCUGUCGGUAGUGUUCAUCUUCCGUCUGCUUGUGCUACUUGUGGCUGCGGAGAAGGUGUGGGGUGACGAGCAAAAGGACUUUGACUGCAACACCCGGGAACCAGGCUGCCACAAUGUCUGCUAUGACCACUUCUUCCCUGUGUCUCACUCUCGUCUGUGGGCACUGCAGCUCAUCUUUGUCACCUGCCCUUCUCUCAUGGUGGUCCUGCAUGUGGCAUAUAGGGAAGAUCGUGAGAGAAAGCACCAACUAAAGUAUGGUGAGGGCUGUAGCCAUCUCUACAAAGACACCAGUAAGAAGCGAGGAGGACUGUGGUGGACAUAUCUGUUUAGCCUCAUAUUCAAAAUGGCAGUGGACGCCGUCUUCAUCUUUCUCGUGUUCUACAUCUAUGAGGCCAACUUCUUUCCUUUGUUGGUGAGAUGCCGUGAGGCUCCUUGCCCUCAAGUGACUGACUGCUACAUUGCUCGGCCCACAGAAAAGCGCAUCUUCACCAUCUUUUUGGUGGUGGUCAGCCUGGUCUGCAUCCUGCUGACGCUGUGUGAGAUACUGUACCUUAUUUGUAAGCGGUGCCAUGAAUGUGUUGUCUCACACAAACGUAACAAACAUGACAGACAGCUUGUAACUAUCUCAUCUCUGGCUAGCAAACAUAAUCAAGAUAACAUGCAUGAAGCUUCUUUGUUAGAUCAAGCUAAUUGUCAUCUUCCAGCAAAGGAUAUCAAUGCUCCUGCUUACUGA